GUACACCUCCACACCCCUCCAACAUCCUCGCCCUUUCUCUAACCCCAACGACCUCAUCGAUCGACCAUACAUACUAGAUAACCAUACUUCUUACGCGACAUUAUUAUAGCGCCCUGGAUACAAUCCUGCCUACCAUACAGCAAUGAAUGACGGCGGUGACGGAAUAAUCAUCACCAGCAGCAAACCUGAGGGUGUCUCGAUAGAGGAAUUCAUUCAGCAGAGCGGCCUAGCCAUGCGGGUGCCAAACGAGCUCACCCUCAACAACCAUAACAACGCCUCGACAGGUAACUUGGCAAUACCUCCCCCAAUAGUGGAUCCGAAUGGUAACCGAUAUUCCUCACCUACGCGGCUUUCUCCAGAGCGGACAAUGGACGACAGGCUAUCGCCUGAGCGCGAUCUCGGCCUUACCCUCCCACGUUUACCUUCUUCACGGCACGUAUCUCCUGCAAGGGAGACUUCCCCGCAGCUGCCUUCGCCUGAUCCGUCUGAGCCAUCGUAUACCCCCGCGCCGACCGCCCCUUCUAUGACCCCGCCUUCUACUAUACCCCCGUCAUCCUUUGGUUCGACAAACCGCGCACCAUCGACGGCGGGGACGGAAAAUUCAUUCGAGUUUCUAUCAGGCUACGAACCGGUGCCUCCUUCGGAACGACACAAACAAUGGCACCGGGAUCAGCGCCGCGAUAUAUUCCACCCGACGCCCACAUCCGCAUUUCGUCCAAAUGCUGACCUUCCGCAUCCAAUAACCCCGCAUUUACUCAGAUAUUAUCCGUACGGCGGCCAGAAUGCGCCUGCCCCACCUCCCCCUCCGCAGUCGCAACCGCAACCGCAGGUGCAGAGAGGGGAGGAAUUCAUGAUGACGCGGCGGUACGAGCAAGAGUUACCGCCUCCGGGGCAGUCGCCGUCGCCGUUUAGAGGUCAGGGAGGGAUAUACGAGAGCAGAUUCAGCGCGCGUGGACAGAUGGUUAGCGCAUCAUCAGGUGGGCAUUAUAGAAGUUCUUCUAGCGACGUUUCUGUCGGCGGCAGCUCAUGUAGUGGGAUUCCGAGCUUUGCGAGAGAAUUGGAACCAAGAGGUUGGAGGUUUGAUCCUAUAUUGACAGAAUCAAGUCACCACUCUUCGCAGCCCGGAUCCGUGCAGAGGAAACCGGAUAGUAUUGCUUCGGUGUAUGCCAAUGAAUUCGCGUCCCAACUUGACCUGAUCCUCCGCUCAUUCAAGCGGCCCCUCGUCACGCUAAUAUUCCUCGGCUUCUUUGGGGUGAUAAUAUCAAUACUGAUGCAAAAUCUGAAUGCCGCCUCACAGUUUCCCGGACCAUUUUCACCAUACAAUCCGAAUUCUUCAUUCCGACAUGCCUCGUACGCCGACUUUCCGACGUUAAUGAACAUAGAAUCGUCGUUCGAGAAGAUUGUAGACUCUGCAGCUGGUGGUAGCGCUUUAGCUAGGGUGAUGAAGCAGAGCGAGAUGGCCGUCAGCGACCUGAGCACCGUCGUCCGAUACUCUGAAUUAAAGUGCAAAGAGACCCUUGCUGAACGCCUGGAUGUCUUUGCUAAAGAUGCGAAGAUGAACGUGAGAGCUUUACAGGGGUUUGGGAGUAAGGUUGGCGGAGUGCUAGACCAACUCCUCUCAAUAAACCAAUAUGCUCUUCUUCAGCUAACCACAAUUCAACACCAAUCUCACCACCAAUCCUUCCUCACCAAGCUCCUAAACCCAAUAAAAUCUCUCCUAACCUCCACCCCGACUCCCGAUUCAACAGACCCCCAAACACAUGCUCGCAUUUCUGAAACCUUUAACAAAGCCGCCGAAGUACUCGAGUCAAACCUCCGCCUGCUUGUCUCGGACGGCGAAACAAUUUUCACCUCACUAACGGCACUAACAGAGCAGCAUAAACCAAUCUACGACGAGAUCGUGCGCGAAGUAGUUGAUAUCAAAAAGGAAGAAGCGCUCGUGCUUUCUUCCUUGUGGACACGCUUCGGCGGCAACGCUGCCCAGCGCAAGAACUUUCGCGAGAACGCACAGCUCCUCGCCGUCAUUGGGAGUUAUGAGGAGCAAGCUAGGGGUUACGUAGAGAGCACAGUGUUAGAGUUAGACCGUAUGACGGCGGAUUUAGAGCUUUUAAGGAGGAGAGUGGCAGAACCAUUGUUGGUGGAAGGCGCGAGUGCGGGAGUGGGAAGGGCGGGAGAUAAAGCUAGGGGAGCCCAGAUUCCGCUCAGUGUGCACAUCGAAGCUAUCGAGGGGGCAGUGACGAGGUUGGUUAGGAAGCGUGCUCAGAGGAGAGAGAGGGAAGGGAAUUGGAUUGACAAAAUGGAGGGAGCAAGAAAGGAGGAAAUUUUGGUGGAGUCUUAGUGGGGGCAGGUUUCUCUUUUCUUUUGUUUUUUCCCUUUCUUGCUUGGCUUUGGUUUGGUGUUGUUAUCUGCAGUAACCCACAGCGAUUCUAUACCUCCUUUCUUUCUUUCAUCUGGGUUUGGGUCUUUCUGCUCUACUUCUAGUCAGCGUUUUUUUCUAUGGGUGGUCCACUUCCUUCUCUCAUUCUACCUACCUUUUCACUCAGGCACCGGGACGGGCGUAAUCGGUGGUUUCAAUCAUCGGAGUCACGUAGUCGUUUUUUCUUCCUCCUUAUAUCCUUUUCUUAUAUCUUUAUUUUUUUGUCUCUGCCCUUUUUUUUCUUUUCUUUUUUUUUUGUUUCGUAGUCUCUUGUGUUAGAGAAAAAGGUCUUGUAUAGUCGCGUGAUAUUCUUGUACAUUGCCGAGGUUUUAUUGGGAUUGGAAUUGUCUGCAGUGCGUUUGGAUUGGGUGGGAUGUGAAUUUUGCGAGAUUUUUUUGUAGGUGCUUUUUUAUUUAUUUUAUAUUAUAUAUUUGUUGAAAUUUUAUAGUGUUUGUUGAGA